UAUCAGAUCUUGGGUGUGACCAAGUCUGCAUCGAUCCGGGACAUAAAGAAGGCCUACAGAAAGCUUGCUCUGCAGCUACAUCCCGACAGAAACCAAGACGACCCAAAAGCUCAAGAUAAAUUUGGACUUGGGGCAGCUUAUGAGGUUCUCUCAGAUGAGGAGAAAAGAAAACAGUACGACGCAUACGGAGAAGAUGGACUCAAAGAGGGUCAUCACGGCUCACACAACGACAUUUUCUCCAGCUUCUUUGGAGACUUUGGGUUCAUGUUUGGAGGAAACAGACAGCAGCAGGACAGGAACAUCCCCAGAGGAAAUGACAUCAUACUUGACCUGGAGGUCACGCUUGAAGAGGUGUACUCUGGGAACUUUGUGGAGGUCGUUCGUAACAAGCCCAUAGCCAGAGAAGCUCCCGGAAAGAGGAAGUGUAACUGCAGGCAGGAGAUGAGGACGACGCAGCUCGGACCUGGACGCUUUCAAAUGACUCAGGAGAUGGUCUGUGACGAGUGUCCAAAUGUGAAGCUGGUUAAUGAAGAGAGAACCCUGGAGGUAGAAAUCGAGCAGGGAGUGAGAGAUGAGAUGGAGUACCCUUUCAUUGGAGAAGGUGAGCCUCACAUCGAUGGAGAACCUGGAGAUCUACGAUUCAGAAUCAAAGUGUUAAAACAUCCAGUGUUUGAGCGCAGAGGAGACGACCUUUACACCAACGUCACCAUCUCCCUGGUGGAGGCGCUGGUCGGAUUCAAGAUGGAGAUCGUACAUUUGGACGGACAUAAGGUUCACAUAGAGAGAGAUAAGGUCACCAAACCCGGCGCUCGGAUGUGGAAGAAAGGAGAAGGUCUGCCAAACUUCGACAACAUCAACAUCAGAGGUUCCCUCAUCAUCACCUUUGACGUGGAGUUUCCUCAGACGCAGCUGGACGAGCAGCAGAAAGAGGGUAUUCGGAGCCUCCUGAAGCAGGGAUCUGUACAGAAAGUUUACAAUGGACUACAAGGAUACUGACACAGCAGCAGACACAGCCUGGACUAAGUUAUCUGAUUCAUCGCUCAGCAGGAGGGCCAGGGUGUAUUUAUUAUUUUCAGAUUGUUCUCAGGAUGGCUCGAACCCACUUCAGCUUUUACGUUUUAAUGUUCUGCAGGCCAACAGCAGCGGCACAUUUAAUGCAGACGUGUACAAAUGGAAA